UUUAAGCUUCUUAGGCGCUAAUGAAAGUGGGCGCACAUUGUGCAGGAGACAGAUGGCCCCUGUCUUGAUUAAGUUCUCAUUUUCCCGCCUGGGAUGAGGCUGGCAAGCUUUACUGGGGCCAGCUUCAUCCCAGAGGAGAGGAGCUCAUGUGUGAAAGUGCAGCACGCGCUCUGCCGUUGCCCUUCUUUACACUGAAUUUUUGGACUUUUUUUCUUUUUUUUUCUUUCUCUUUUCUUUUUACUUUGUAAACUGGAGCGUCACCUGCGACAAAGCUUUGCCGGAACAAGAUUUGCAUGAUGCUUGUUCUGGAGGACACUAAUGGGAGCUUGACAAAUCUUUGGUGUUGCCACUAAAGAGCAGUGUUAGAAAGUCUCGCUAAGCACCCUCAUGUUUACAGCCUGAAGCACUUGUGAAUCAGAAGUGAACGCAAGAAGUCAAACUCCCUCCAACAGGAGGCAAGAUGACCCUGGCUAUUGUUUUGACUAGGACACUCCACUGGGGUCUCCUCCUCCUAUGCUUGGUGAGCAUGUGCAGCCAGCAAAGGUCCACUGGCAACCAAAGCUCCAGGGGACAAACGGGAUCAUCAAAAGAGAGGACAGGGACUUGUGAAGUGGUCGCGGCUCAUCGCUGCUGCAACAAGAACCAGAUUGAAGAGCGCUCUCAGACGGUCAAGUGUUCUUGUUUCGCAGGACAUGUAGCAGGGACAACAAGGGCGCUGCCCUCUUGCGUUGAAGCUUCAAUCGUGCGUCAAAAGUGGUGGUGUAAAAUGAAGCCGUGCGUGGAUGGAGAGGAGUGCCGAGUUCUUCCUGACCUGACUGGUUGGUCGUGCAUCUCGGGGAACAAAGUAAAGACCACCAAGGUGUCACGGUAGGCAGGCAUCAGCUUGGUCCAAUCAGAGCACAGCCUUCCUUGCUGGCAGCAGUCAUCUCAAGUAACUCUGGACCCUGCGGGCUGUUGGAGCUACAAAGAAUAUAGAUUUAAUUAGAUAUAUCCUGCUUCACAUUAAGCUGCAGGAACUCAUUAUUUCAAUAUCCCUCGUCUUAAAUACAGAUUUGGUCCGGGUUAAUCCCACAGAGUAGACAAUCUAUUAGCCAAGAUAAAACCAAGCGGUGCCGUGUCCCAACCCAAACAGCCGGAUCCUGUGAACCUUUAUUUCCCACAGUGAUGCGCUGAGAACAUCAUGGUGCGUUAUUCAAGUACUGUCUGCUGUCAACCACUACAAAGGAGAGUUUGUGGAAUUUUCAGGAGCAUAAAUACUGUAAAACAGCAGCCAAUACUCUAUUUUAGACUCACUUUGGGUUCCAUAAAGAGGUCAGAUCUUCUUGGACUCGUCUUUGACAUGAAGAUGUACUCUCAUGCACGCACGGAUUGGACGGGCCACCAGACAUGCAUGCAGACAAUCCUGCACUCCGAUGCAAAACAAGGAAUGUUUGAAAUUCUAAUCAUAAAGAGAAGAGGAGCAUCUUCAUCGUUGAGAGUAUUUACAUCAAGCUUUUGUUUAUCUCUCCAAACUCAGUGCUGCUGUUGAGGGGAGGCAGCUUGUUGUAAUAGCGAUGAACAUUGGAGAUGUUCUGCCUCGGAGCAAAGUGUAGCCGCGGACAGAAUGUUUUCUGGUAUUACCACUUCAUCUUCUUUAUGAAUAAUAUUCCUUCUGGACCCACUCUCAUUGUCUUGUGUUUUAUCUCUGGUGUUCAGCCACUGUGUUUGCUUGUAAAUUCUCCAAUGAGGGGAUAAGAAGGUUAUAUUAACUCAAUACAAAUGUACUGACAGCUUACCUUUCAGUCUGCGACAUUAAAUGAUAAUAAAUGUCACAUACUGUGUGCUGUUGAAAGUUACAA